AUGAAUAUAUUUGCAAGAAGUAAAGAGAGAAAUAAUCAUAAUGAUAAACAAAAUGACAAUAUUAUAGGUAUUAAAGAUACAAUACCCAUUGAUAUUGCUCUUUUAAUAUCAAAUUAUGAAUCUAGACUGAGAGAUAUGUUUUUUCCAGAUAAAAAUGAUGGUGUUUAUUUGAAUUUAUUUAGUCAUUUAAAAACUGCUGCUACAACAUCACUUGAUGAUAAUUGUGUAGUGGUUUUUAAAGACUUAUUUGAGUUUAAGUUUAUAAAGAAUUUAGAAAAUGUUCAGAUAGAUGAAAUUAUUUUCUGUAGAAUUGAAAAGUUUACUUUUAAUAACAUUAUAACUCCAUAUCACAAAUCUUGUAGUAUUAUGAGUCCAUUAAUUAACCCCAAAUGUAUAUUUAUAGAGUGUUUGACACUUAAAACCUGUUUGAUUUCAUUUUUAAAUUUAAUUAAACUAAUUAGAAUUUGUAAACCAACUGAAUUAAGACUUCAGGAUGUAAAAUUUGAUGGUAAUUUAUCUAAUUUAAAAGAGUUUAUUAAGGUUAUUAAUUAUACUAAGAUCAAUAGUUUAACUAUAAAGAAUACUUCUUUUACUAAAGAUAAUUUAAAAGAGAUUAUAAGAAAUUGUAAACUCAUUAACGUUGAAUUUCAAAUAGAUGCUGAUCUUUUCAAACUAUUUAUACUCAAUAGUGAUUAUAUUAAUAGUCUAUUUUAUGCAGAUUGUAGUUUUACUGAUAUUGAUAAUAUUGACACAUCAACCAUUCAACAGGUGAUAGUUUCAAAUGCUAGAUCAUUUGAUUUUCUAGUUAAAUUUCCUAGAUGUCAAUUUUUGGAAAUAUCACAGUGUUGUUUUGGUCCUAAUGAUAAUGAUUUAAUAGAAAAAAUGGAACUUGUUCGUUUGAAAUUUUCAAAUGUCAAAUUCUUAAGUGCAUCUGUUUUUUACCAAAUUAUAAUGACGCACUAUAAAACCUUAAGAUAUUUAGAAUUUAUUGAAACGAUACUACCUUUUGAUGCUGAGGAAUAUUGUUAUCAAAAUCUUAUAGACUGUAAAGUAAUUUUAUCAAAUAUAAUGUUUUAUAUUGGAAGAAAAUAA